CUCGCAAGGUGGACGACAUGUCAUAAAUCUCACAAUAUAACUAAAGUUUUGGCAAGAUUUCUCUUCAUCAUAACUUCUAUUUUAUACAUGUGUGUACUCCCAGAAAUGGUUGCAUAUCAGAAAGGAAACAACCUCUCCAGGAAAGAUAUUGUUGUCAACUCUAAUGAACACACGGCAUCUACCAUUGAACAACAACAGCAGACUACUGCAGUUGAUAAUUACUAUGACUUAUUACGAAAUGUGUCGCUACUGGUUGUUGGUGCUGGUGGUAUAGGAUGUGAACUGAUCAAAAAUCUUGUACUUUGUGGAGUAAGAAAUCUAGUCAUCGUGGAUAUAGACACAAUUGAUGUUUCAAAUUUAAAUCGACAGUUUCUAUAUCGUGCUGAAGAUGUAGGGAGGUAUAAAGCAGAAGUAGCGCGAGAUGCAUUGCUUAAAUGGGUACCAAAAUGUAAAGUAACAGCUGAAGUGUGUGAUGUGUUGAAAUGGAGGCCAAUAGAUCUGUCUAAAUAUGACGUGGUGCUGAAUGCAUUAGAUAAUAUACGGGCCAGAUCACAUAUAAACUAUUGUUGUAUGCGUGCUGGAAUACCUCUCAUUGAGGCUGGAAGCACUGGUUAUAAUGGUCAAGUAUAUCCAAUUGUUCACGGUAUCACCGCUUGCUACGAUUGCCAUGAAAAACCGCGUAACAAGGAUAUUCCAGUUUGUAGCGUUCGUCAAAUACCGGAAAAGGCUGAGCAUUGCGUGGCAUGGGCUCGCCAGUUAUAUGAAUUAAUAUUUGGUCCGGAUAAUGAUAAUAACAUGCUACAUGAUCUUGAUAUACCGCAAAUACCGGAUGUUGAUUCAAUAACAGAUUCAACGGCGCAAAAAUGGGUACGUGAUAUAUUUGAAUAUUUAUUCGACACCCAAAUUACACAGUUACUGACAUUGGAUAAAGUAUGGGCAGAAAGGCAACCUCCCAGACCAAUAAAAUAUCCCUUGCACGAUGAAUCUACAUCUAGUUUUGUUAAAAAUGGCGUGAAUCCCUCUUCUAUUAGUGAUAUGUGUUCAGAUGAGCGGUCAAAUACAGAUUCCUCUUUAUUUGGAGAGGAUUUGCCACCAACAAAGAUGAGGAAAACUGGGAAUCAGCAUAUGGUUUCUCACUGUAAACCAACUGUACAUGAAGAAACUCAUAACCAUUCAUUUGGUUUGAAAACAAUGGAAUAUUCUAAUAAUUCAGAUAUAAGCCACAGAUUAGUGGUGAAAACGAUGGAUGAAUUGGUAAAGCAGUUUAGAAGUGCUUUGUUAGGAUUCAUCAGCCAUAGGAAAAAUAUAUUGGGCAGCGCGAUAUUCGACAAAGAGGAUCCCAUAUGUGUGGAUUUUGUUUCAUCUGCCGCCAAUCUACGUAUGAUCAACUUUAACAUUCCACAUCUUAGUACAUGGGAUGUACAAUCUAUCGCAGGGUCUAUCACACCAGCUAUCGCAGCAACCAAUGCAAUAGUAGCGGCUACUCAGGUAAUGCAGUUGAUACACCUUCUAACUACCCGCCACAUAUCCCCAGGUCAUUCAGCGGAUUAUUCGCUACUGCGAGACAAGUGUAAGUUCGUGUGGAUCAAAUCGGCUGUGGCGGGUUCGGCCCCAUUGACUAGAGGGGCCCUGUCUAGUCCAGAACCAUUAGAUGAACCGAAUCCAAAAUGUGCUGUAUGUCAACAAAAGGUCAUAUGUGUGGAAUUACGCUCGCUGGAUGAUUGGACAUUGGAAUCAUUCGCAUCUACCAUAUGCAAAAUGCAUAUGGGCAUGACUAUGGUAAAUAUAGAUUUCGACGGCCGCAAUCUGUUGGAUGCUGAAUUCAUGGAAGAAGAUGAAUCAUAUUCUGCAAAAAUGCAAAAUACGCCGCUAAAACAAUAUGGCAUUGUAUAUGGGUCUAUACUAAUGGUCACUUGUUUGGACAGUGGACGCCAAGAAGAAAUGCAGAUUCUAGAAGGAUUGUCCACAUCAGCAGAUAAAUUCCGAUUGAUUGAUUAGCUAUGAAUAUGCUUCACUUUUCGGCUGCCAUUCUGUUCUAAUAAUGCGAUUCCUGUGAAGUAUAGUGCUG